CCGCACACGUCACCAGGCACUAGUUUCUUCCAGGGUAUUGUGUCUAGUCUCUGGGCGCAUUGAUUAUUUUUUUUUAAAGGUUAAACACAGAAUGUUGGCAUGUUAAGUUUGUGUUUAUAGCGAGGACAUAACACUGGUCUUCUGCAUGAACUUGAUGCUAUGACCUGCGUGGUGAUUUUGUCAAGACGGUGUCAAGAUGCCCCAUAAUGUGCGAGGCGAGACAUGUGGACAAGCUGACCUUAUGACCAUAGACAAAGUAUGUGAGCAGUGUUGGAAUUUAGGCAAAGAUGUCUCCAUUUUGGAUGUCAGUGCCGGAAGUGGCAGGAUAGCUUGCGAGUUUAUAAAGAGAGGCUUUGUCCAUCUUGACGCCUUAGAGGCAUGUGAGGAAAAUAUCAACGCCUUGAGACAGAAGGCUCUUUAUGAUCGAUACUUCCAGUGUGAUGAGUCAUACAAGGAGUUUCCUAUAGCCGACUGUGUCUAUGAUGUGGUGGUGUAUGUUCAAGUGUCACGUGACAAGAAGAUAACCAAUGGAACAGUGAGACAGCUGGCGAGGGUCGCUAAGCAUGGUGGUCUAGUGGUAAUGUGUUUGAAUCGUAACCUUAGCAGUGAAGAGCAAGAUAUCAACUUAGAAACGAUAAUGAUGGAAUUACAGACUGACAACGUGUGGGAGUGUCUUUCACGUCACGUGAUAGAUGAAACCACUUCAAAGACAGACAUUUUAUAUACUUUUAGAAAGGUGUGAUUAGAGGAGGUUAUAGGCAUACAAUAAAGAGAUUGAUUUUUUUCAAA